GAUCAGAUUAAACCUCAACUCAAGCGAUCCAGCACUUGUCGUGGGAAGUAAUUCAAACGUUAAAGCAUUAAGUUGCCAAUCCUGGUAGGAUACAAAAUACAAAGCAUGUUGUUUAUUAUGAUAUUUCAUUGUUGCAAGUACCAGCGAAAAGUUUGCAUUUCGUUUGUGACGAUGGAAUGUGUGAAUUUCAUGUGAAAAAAAGCUAACGAGAAAAGACCCACGAUUUGAAAAGAGCCCUGAAUGGAAAAGACAACACAGUAAUUUGCUUUAUUUUUGGGCAAUGGAAAAGCAACCGAUUGCAGAAGAAAAGGAAGCGAGGAGAAGCUAAGAAAGAGGGAAAAGAAAAAGGAGGGAAAGAAUCGAAAUCAUUAGCGCCAUCUGAUCUCCCCUCGACCCCAAUCCCGUCCCUCCCAUGGUCACGCUCCCGCUCGUUCCUCCUCUCCAGGAGUGCGAAGAGGAGAAGGAGCUCGCCAGGGCGCUGGAUGAGGCCUCUAAGGAAUCCAGUUCGUCGUCUUCGUCCGUGUCCGUGUCCUCAUGCGUAAUGGCGUUCUCCAAAUGGCUCGCUCUGGUUCGUAGACGGAGCAUGAGCAGUCGGUCGUCCGGAUUCCCCAACCGAUCUCCGAAGGUGAGACCGAUGCCCCUUCAGUUUCCAGAUACGUCUGAUCGAGAUUUCGAACGUCCGCAAGAUUUGGAUUCUGAUUCAGGGAUUUCCUCAUCAUAUGAGGAAUCCCAAGAGAUUAGUUUGUGGGACAGACUUGGAAAAGCAGCAGUUUUGGAUAUAGAGUCAGGAGAGUUCUCAUGGGACAUGCUUUCUUCUUUGCACCAUACUGAGCAUAGCGGUAGCGCAGAACAGUCUGAAGAUGAAAUGACCAAGAACGUUGAGGUAACAGUGAAUUCUGGUGGGGUUGUCUUCUUUGCACUUUUUGGUAGGCCUGACAAAGAUGACCUUACUCCUAAAGAAGCAGCUGCAGUGAUAAAGUUCUCCUCCUCAAGGAUGGCCACUCAGUCGGAGCGCUUGGGCUACGAGUUUGCUAAAUGGUUAGGAAUUCGAACACCACAGGCCAGGGUAAUCCACAAUUCUAGUUUUGAGUGGCAGCAGAUAAAGGAUGGUGCAGAGAAAGCUAAAACAAAGGCAACUGCAGACGGAGAUGAAAUUGGUGAAAUGACAUGUUCGGAGUUGUUAGAAGCGCUUGAACUGAGCCGUUGUCUCCUUCUAAUGAAUUACGUACAUGGCACACCCCUUUUGGACAGUACGAGUGCAUUUGAAUCACAGUCUGUAGCUGAAAAGACCGCUGCAGCACUUGGCAGGAUAUUGAUGUUGGAUCUGGUGCUUAGAAAUGAAGAUAGACUUCCCUGCCGUUUGCUUGGGUGGAGGGGGAACUCCUCCAAUCUAUUAUUUGCAGAAGAAGUUGCAUGCACUGGCUCAGAAAUAUUUCAGGAAGAUUUAGGUUAUAUACCAAGAAGAAAUAGAGCAUCCAAAACUUUUCAGAAGGAGAGAAGAUUUUCUUCAGUUGAUGGUAGAAUCAGUCCAUGUAAAUCUGCGUUGGUUUCUCAGAGUUCAGAUUUGUCCGAGUUGGUGACAACUUCACUUGAUUCUGCUGAUAUUAUCAGAGAACAGGAAAUAGUGGAUACCAAAUAUGAUGAUUUCCAGGUCAUAGCAAUUGACACAGGUGUUCCUCGCCGGCCUCCUGCUGGUAAACGUGCAAAUGACCAAGCUCAGUAUCCCAAGAUGGUCGAGCUCCUUCUCAAUAGUUUUGAGUUCUCAGGGAACCUGCUAUAUGAAAUUAGUCGGGGAGAGCUUGGAUUUCUGGUCUCAGAAGAGGGCACUUCACUGCAAGAUCCGAGUUUUGCAGAUUCAGCCCCUGUUGUCCAUGAGUUUCGAAGUGGAUUUCGUGCUUCUCUCAGAGAGUUACAAGGAUUUCAUAUAUUUCUUUUGACGGUCUACCAGAGAUUGGACUGCCUUCUUCGGUCAUUUUUAACAAUAAUUAACAGGAGCUCGCUUGGGGACUCCGAAAGAGAUGAUUUUCCAAAUUCUGAUUCGUGGCAACCAUCCACAUGUAGCUUUCAUUCCCCUUUUGGCAAGGAGCGAGAUGCAACAGAAACUAAUGUAGAUACGGUUGAGUGUGAGCUGCAGAAAACAACACCUAAGUCAUCUUCAUCUGGCUCUUAUUCAACAUCUCCCAUCUCACGAGACAAUUGGCAUGGAAGAUAUUAUCGAGGGGGUUUAGAGGCUCCCCGCAGCCUUCGACUGACCAUGAAGUUACGUGACUUUAACAAAUUUGCCAAGGUGGAGGUGGAGGCAGAGCUGAGUAGAGAUCUGGAACGUUGGAACGAAAUGCUUAAAGCAGAUGUUGUGAAAUAUUGCCAAGACAACAACUUCAACAGUGGGUUCUUCGAGGGCAGCGAUAAUCAUAUUGUUGUUGAUGCCUAUGAACUCAAGGUAAGGCUAGAACACAUUCUGGAAAGGAUAGUCUUGAUUACUGAUGCUGCAAAUACAGAAAGGCCUUCAUUGAUUACAGGUAAUUUGUUUAUCGGUGGAGCACUAGCUGCAAGAUCUGUGCACACCCUCCAAUACUUGGGUAUCACACAUAUACUAUGCUUAUGUUCAAAUGAAGUCGGACAAGCAGAUUCUCAAUUUCACGAACUCUUUGAGUACAACAACUUCUCAAUCUGUGAUACAGACGAUGCAGAAAUCAACAGUCUCUUCGAAGUUUGCUCAGACUUCAUUGAACAUGCCGAACAGUCAGGUGGCAAAGUUCUUGUUCACUGUUUUGAAGGGAAGAGCAGAAGUGUGACCGUUGUUCUUGCAUACCUGAUGCUGAGGAAACACUUGACUCUGCUACAGGCAUGGAAUGAGCUUAAGAGGGUUCAUCAUCGCUCGCAGCCCAAUGAUGGGUUCAAAAGGAUACUGUUGGAGCUCGAUAAAAAAUUGCAUGGGAGCCCUUCAAUGGAAUGGCAGCAGAGGAAGCCAAUGAUGAAGCUAUGCCCAAUUUGUGGAAAGAAUGCUGGACUCAGCACCAGCUCCCUGAAGCUUCAUUUGCAGAAGUCGCACAAGAGCAUUUCUUCAGGAAGUGUUGACAGCGCUAUGACGAUGGAAUUCCAGAAAAUCAUUGGUGCUGUGAAGAUAGGUUGAGGGGAAAGAUUAGGAAGGAAGGAUACCCUCAUACAAGCCGAAGGCAUGAUACUUAGCCCCAUUUUUAGAUUUCCUAAUAUCGGUCCAUUGGGAAAAAGGUACAAGUCUAGAAGCGGCUCAAGUAGUCAGAAGCACGGAAAGAAAUUUUUUCUGUAGAUUCAGUUGUAUAUACUUUUGUUGCUAGUAGCAGCAAAUAAUUUUGUCAGAAAUCGAUUCAUUUUCCUACAA